CGCUCCGGAGAGACUGACCGAGACUCUCCCCUCGUCCGUACGCGCAACGCGCACCGCAAAAGCUCACGUCUCGUGCGUCUCGUCGCCAAUAAUCUCGGCACCAGUUUUUAUAACCUCUUGUCACGCCCGUCGUAACGCUUAUCAUUCUGCGGCUGCCCGUUCGCUACUUCGUUUUCCCUGCCAUUCACGCUUGUCGCACCCCGACGCAUUCGCUCUUUCAUGUAGCUCUCGUAGUUUCUAAAACUCACGAUAAAUUUGUGGUGACAGUAAAAUAAAUUACCGGCGAGAUUUAAGAUUACGAGUUUGUCGAAGUUCUCGACCCGUACGCUGUUGCUCUCACCAGUUUCUACGAAAACGACGAGCCAGCUGAACUAGCGGCCGAGAAUCUUGACACUGUACAACAGGCGGAGGGAUCGGAGGACACGGGCGCAAUGUCGAACAAGCAAACCAAGUCGGACUCGACGAAGUCAAAGGGUGCCAAACCAAAAUCCAAGUUCGGGACAUUAAAUGAUCUUCAGAGUAGCGAUAGCAGUUCCGAAGAGGAGGAGGGACAAGCGUUUUACGCUGGCGGUUCCGAACAUGGUAGUGGGCAGCAGGUUCUAGGACCAGGAAAGAAGAAAAAAGACAUCAUCAGCGAUAUGUUCAAGUCGUGCCAGGAGCAAUCUAUCGCUACAGAUUCCCCUAAAAUGGGAGGUCAACAAAGGCCGAACACAUUCAGAGGCACGGGAUAUAAAUUAGGUCAAACCAGCUCAGAUAGCGAAGUAGUGAUGGGAGCAAAUGCAGAUCAACAAUCUUCGAGCGGUCUUAUCAUAUUGAAGUUGUGGAAGGAUGGAUUUACAAUAAAUGAUAGCGAAAUACGAUCGUACGAGGAGGCAGAGAACAGAGACUUUCUAGAUGCCAUUAAACGAGGCGAGAUCCCGGCGGAGAUUCGUCAACAGGUACAGGGUGCAGAAGUGCGACUCGACAUGGAGGAUCAUCGUCACGAGUCUUACGUUCCACCAAAAACUAAAGUAAAAGCCUUUUCUGGAAAGGGGCACAUGCUUGGAAGUCCAUCGCCCGCUACCGUGGGCAUGACGGUUCCAACGGAUCCUGCUGAUCAAGCUGCCAAUGAAGCGCAAGCGAAGAAGGAAUUGGAUAUAGAUACCUCGCAGCCAACCACGACAUUACAAAUCCGUCUUGCAGACGGUAGUGUUGUAAAGGCUCAAUUCAACCUGUCGCAUACAGUCGCUGAUCUUAGACGAUAUAUAAUAACUAUGAGACCUCAGUAUGCUCUAAGGGAUUUCAUUUUAUUAACUGUAUAUCCAACGAAGGAACUUGCAGAAGACAAAACGAUCGAGGAGGCUGGUUUACAAAAUUCGGCUAUAAUGCAACGACUGAAGUAAACUUUUUCUAAAUUCAUAGAUUGAAUAUAUGUAACGAUUAGACACCAAAUAUAUGUUAAAUCGCUUGAAAAUAAAAUUUCUAUGUAUUUUUAUUAGGAAUACACCUUUUUUUCUUACUA